AUGCUGGAAAUGGGGAGGCAGGGCUUGGCGUUAAGAGCUCAUAGGAUAUCUCCUGGCCCCCUAACACUUACAUCCCCUUCUCACAAUGAAGGAAAUUUCAAGGAAUUAUUGAAAUUUUUAUGUAAUAAUAAUGACAACUACCUAAAGCUUUUUGAAAGCUCCUCUAAAAAUGCUACUUACCUAAGUCCCACUAUUCAAAAUGAAAUAAUAUCAAUAUGCAAUCAGUUUAUAUUAAAGGAAGUUUCUUCAAAAGUCAAAGCAUCACCAUUUUUUAGUGUUUUAGCGGAUGAAACUUCCGAUAUUGGUAAUAUUGAAGAACUAUCCAUAGCAAUAAGGUUUAUUGAUAUGGAAUCAGGUAAUUAUAAAAUGAAGGAACUAUUUGUUCAAUUUAUUGAAUUACCUGACACUAAGUCAGAAAUGACUGCUAAUCAAAUUAUUAAAUCACUUCAAAACCUGGAUUUAAAUUUAAAUCUACUGAGAGGCCAAAGGUACGAUGGAGCUCCCUCGAUGAGUGGCCAUGUUAAAGGGGUCCAGUAG